GGCAAAAGGAAACCAGAAUUGUCAGAACACAAAGUGAUGAACAAGAAUACAAAACUUCAAACAAGAGCAUCUAGUAAAACAAAAACACCAAACCACAAACAAAGUCCAAAAUCUCACAUCCUGACAAAUAAAUGCUGUUGUCAUGAUAACCUUGUGGACUGAGCUUUAAAUAUGAAAAACAUUCACAUUGAAGAACAAAGAACGAGAUAUUCGACUGUUUGGUAAAUGUCUUAAAAUCUUUGUUUGUCCUUCAGUUGUGGAGUACAUUUUAAUUUAUGGCAGUUACAAUUAUGUGUGUCCUUGCAAACCAGGGCAAGCGUUUUGCAUGCACUUCUGCGUGACAGUAAAUUAUUUAACUUGCAGUUAAAUUAUUUACAAUUAUUGACACCACUGGUAAAUAUGUGUAAAAACUGUAAAAUACAAUGUAUACUUGAUCUUAGUAGUAUAAUCUCACAUUGACGAAUUAAACAAAAAUUAAGUCUUUGAUGUAAGUACAUUUAAUUAGCUGAACUUGGUCAGCAUGUCUAAAACCUAAGGAUUAGUAGUCCAUAACUUUCUGUUUUCCUACAGUGUCAGUUUGUAACACAGAGGCCUUCUCUGCAUAAUGUAAAAGACAGGAGCACAUGCCAUUCAAGUAAGACAGAUACGUCUGAUUUUCAUAAGUCAGGAAAUGAUUGAGCAAUAGCAAAAAUAAAAGAGAAAUCACUGAAACAAAGCUGAACCUAGACCCGAGUUUAUUUUGUCACCACACACGGUGAAGACAAUGGUAAAGGAAAUAAACACAUCUCUAAAGCUCACCGCAGGAGCACAGCAACAAAGAGUGGUGUCUUGGGGUCACCAGGUCCCCAUAGCAGCCAUUAAACACCCUCUAAAGCCAACCAGUUGUUUGUAGGCAUGCCCAGAAAAAGUUAUUUUUGUCCUACUAUCACAAACAUUAAAAUGUAUAUAAUGUGCUAAAGGCUAGAAGUACUUUAACAGGUCUUGAGUGCUGAAGCUAAGAGUGAGUGUUUUUUUUUCAAGACAGUAAGAUAGUUUAUAAAGGGGCACAUCCUCACUCUUAGUGUGGUAGCGGAGGAUCUGUGGCAAUACGCUCAUAAGGAAUAUGCCUGCAAACCAAGUCUUAUUGUUUUAUUUAAGUCUUAUUUAUUGGCAAAUGAGACUAUAGUUGUAAGAUAGCAAUAAAUCCCAUUUAUAUCUGAUUUGUCUUAAAAGAAAAUACACAAAGUCGUCAAAGUUAUAGUAAUGAAAGAUACAUUUUUUAAGACUUUUGAAAACCUUAACCAGAGUUGCCAAUAAAAUGCGGAGAGGUUGCUGUGGGUGCUGUCAAGAAAGUUGACAUUCCCUCAAAACUAAAUUCUAACCAUAGAAGUAAAGGAGCAGAAAACUUUGCAUUCCAGUCCUAAUCCACCUUGCAUCAUAGCAACAGAUAAGAUCAAAUGUGAUCUUGACUUUCUAAGGCUGCUAAUGCCUAUGUGUGUUAAGAAAUAUUAUCAGCAUGAGGAUACCGCUGAGCCUUGAUAAAUCAUUCUGUUUCAAGUGAAAGGCAAACCUGCAUUAAGCUACACAGCAGAAAUUAGAUGACAAAAUAGUAUGCAGUUUUCUCAAAAACAAGAGGUUAGUUAUUUUUGGGUGUCUAAAGAAAUUAUAAGGGUGUAACGCAGUAAAACAAAUAAAAGUAAACCAAAUGUCCAGUUCUAUAAAUAUCUAAUUAAUUUUAAAGAACACAAUGAUAAAUUGGUGACAUUUCAAUCUCACCGUAAAAACUUUAAAAAAGGGUUCACCAGAUGUGCCGCAGUAAAGUGUAGACAUCACCCUGUGUCUUAUAGCCCGUGCUGUUUCUAUAGCUGCAUAUCACAGAUGUGUUUGGUCUGUUUAGGAUGAUGAAACUUUUCAGCGAAAGCUUUCAGAUAGAUACAAAUAGAUGACUCAAAUUACUGUGGUCCGAAAAGAUAAAGUCCUACAUCCCGACAUUUGCAGGUAUUUAUUCCACGUUUCUUUAAAAAAAAAAAGGGCGCACUGAGAUUUAUGAUCUUAUGCGUGACGUCAGAAGGUUGAUUAAAUAUUUAUACUAGGAAGUGAAAGUUUCUAUAACUUCGCAACCUAAGAAUGAGAGAAAGAAGAGGAUGAGCUCUGAAAUCCCUCAAGAGGCGAGCAGAAAGAUUGCGCUGGUGAGAGUUUCUGGCGCACUGGGACGCAGUCGACCUUGUUUCCUUAACCCGCACAGCACAGUGUGGAUUAAAUUAAACAUUAAAUAUCCUCUCUCAUAGACUAUGCGUUUGAAAACAGAUGGGUUGCCUCAAGUUUUUGUAAGGAAGCUCAUUUCGAUGAGAACUGACCCCAUUUUCUCAGCGGAUCCAAGUUUUCUGUCAGUUCAUCAGCCAGUAGGACUUAUGCGCAGCUGGUGCCACGGAAAAAACACCCCUGUCCACAUGGGCUGCUCUGUCUCACUUUAGAAUCUGUACUAUUCUCAGCAGGCUCUCACCGCAGAUCGACAGGAAAGGAAAACUCCGAUGGAAAAUCAUGCAGCACUUUGAACCCAUGGAGACAUGGCACAAAGGCUCCUCACAUCUGUAACUAGAGUCACCGCUCGAUUCGCCUUCAUAUUCACUUUGUCCCUGUCCUGUGCGUACUUAUGCUAUAAUAUUGUUUUUUAUCGCGGCACAGUCAUGACAAACCAGGCUUACGACGGAAAACGCUGCCCGCCGAACAAAAAUGCAGGAGGAAAGAAACUUCUUGAGAAACUGGAGAAUUGUGCCUCGCUGGAUGUCAGGUCUGCUGCUCAGCGAGUAUCAUGGGAUCCCCGAGACCAGAGCAAAGCUCCAGCCUCGCCUGGUGCUCACGAGACUGAUGCGAAUUUAAAAAACAUGAGUGUUGCGCAGAAAUAUGGAAACAAGAAGCUGCCCAAUGCGUUAAUAGUCGGCGUAAAGAAAGGGGGGACCAGGGCGGUGCUGGAGUUCAUCCGGAUACAUCCAGAUGUGCGCGCACUCGGAACAGAGCCACACUUCUUUGACAGAAACUAUGACAGAGGGCUGGACUGGUACAGGGGAUUAAUGCCACGCACACUCGACAGCCAGAUAACAUUAGAGAAGACUCCCAGCUAUUUUGUGACCAGAGAGGCACCCCAUCGCAUCUCCAGCAUGUCUCAUGAUACCAAGUUGAUUGUGGUGGUACGAAACCCUGUCACCAGAGCCAUCUCUGACUAUACUCAGACUCUUUCUAAGAAGCCCGACAUCCCCACAUUCGAAGAGCUGGCCUUUAGAAACAGAAGCUUGGGUCUUGUGGAUACAUCUUGGAAUGCCAUUCGGAUUGGGAUGUAUAUCCUUCACUUGGAAAACUGGCUGCAGUAUUUUCGCCUGUCACAGAUGCAUUUUGUGAGCGGUGAGCGGCUGAUUACAGAUCCAGCAGGGGAAAUGGGCCGUGUCCAGGACUUUCUAGGGCUCAAACGGAUAAUCACAGACAAGCACUUCUACUUCAAUCGAACCAAAGGUUUUCCCUGUUUAAAGAAGCCAGAGAGCAGCAGUCAGCCGCGAUGCCUUGGGAAAUCCAAGGGCAGAACUCAUGUACAGAUUGAGCAGGAGGUCAUAGAGCAGCUGCAGGAGUUUUAUAGACCUUUUAACAUCAAAUUCUAUGAAACUGUGGGACAAGACUUUAGGUGGGAUUCAAUGUAAUGUUAAAAAAUAAGAACUGUUUAUAAAAUGUCUACCUCUGGAAACAAGUUAAUUGAGGAUACAUUUAAAAAAUAUUUAAUUGAGUGGUAUGCAGAGUUAAUACUAAUAGAAAAUCAACAAUAUUCAGAAUAUAAUUCUAUAAAUAUGGGUUUUUCCUGUGGGUCCUUCUGGGGAGAUGUGUAAUUUAUUUACUGAUUCAAAAGAUAUAUACCAAAAACAGUUUUUCUUCCCAUCAACACACCAAUUUAAUAAUCAGCCACCUAUUUUAAUGCAUCAACCUAUUUAAUAAAUAACCAUCUUUGCUGUCAUUUACAGUCACCACUAGCCAUACAGUCAUGACACAACUUAAAUAUUUAUUAUCCAAAUUGCUUAUUUAUUCAUUAUUUCCUCUGAAAAUGAUCUGCUCUCUUUACUAUUAAAAUGAGCACUCCACAUGAAGUCGCCCUCAAAAUGUCAGACAAAUAAUAAAAACAGCCUUUCAGUUUCUCUGCUGCUAUACCUGUUUUCAUUGUGACAUAAACUGUGGAAAACAGAACUGAAAAUACUGUGAGAAUAACAAAAUAACAGGUUUAAUGAAAUAUAUGCUUUAACUUUGAUAUAUGUUUACUUUUUGGUAGACUUAAGCUUAUUCUUUGUUUGUAUUCUUAUUGUGAUCAUCAGAAUAAAAGUCCUAAACACAAAAAAGA